AAAAAGAAAAAAAAAAGCCUUAUCUAUUCCCAUUUUCCCCACUGUUGGCAUGGCAACCCAGGCAUACAGUACUGAGCUGCAGGCCGUCCCACAGGCAUCCCAGCCGGCGCAGGCCCCGCCUCAGGCCCCGCCUCAGCCACCACCUCCUUCAGCCGCAGCACCCCAGCCCCCACAGCCCCCCGCCGCCGCCACCCCUCAGCCCCAGUAUGUCUCGGAGCUGCAGACCCCCCAGCCGCAGGCACAGCCACCAGGCAGCCAGAAGCAGUACAUGACUGAGCUCCCAGCUGCCCCGGCGUCCUCGCAGGCUGCAGGUGCACCCGCCCCGGCGACUGCAUCCCAGCAGUACAUCGUGGUCACUGUGUCCGAAGGUGCCAUGCGGGCCAGCGAGACGGUGUCGGAGGCCAGCCCAGGCUCCACGGCCAGCCAGACAGGCGUCCCCACCCAGGUGGUGCAGCAGGGGCAGGGCGCCCAGCAGCGGCUGCUGGUGCAGACCAAGCCAGGCCACGUGUCGCCUCUGCAGCUGACCAGCAUCCAGGUGCCCCAGCAGGCCCUGCCCACGCAGCGGCUGGUGGUGCAGAGUGCAGCGUCGGCCAGUAAAGCUGGCCAGGUCUCCUUGGCGGCCCACGGCACGCAGCAGGUGCACUCGCCUCCGGAGAGGACAGCAGUUCAGGCCAACAGCUCCUCUGGCAAGGCAGCGGGGCCCCCCGCGGGCACGGUGCCCCAACAGCUGCAGGUGCACGGCGUCCAGCAGAGCGUCCCCGUCGCCCCCGAGAGAUCCGCCGUCGUCCAGGCUACUCCGCAGGCGCCCAAAGCGGCCCCCGUACAGCAGCUGACGGUGCAGGGGCUGCAGCCGGUCCACGUGGCGCAGGAGGUGCAGCCACUGCAGCAGGUCCCUGUACCGCACGUGUACCCCAGCCAGGUGCAAUAUGUGGAGGGCGGCGAUGCCAGCUACACGGCCAGUGCCAUCCGCUCCAGCACCUACCCGUACCCCGAGGCGCCGCUCUACACGCAGACGCCGGGCACCGGCUACUACGAGGCGGCCGGCCCGGCCGCCCAGGUCAGCACCCCCGCCACCUCGCAGGCCGUGGCCCCCAGCAGUUCCGUGCCCAUGUAUGUCUCUGGCAGCCAGGUGGUUGCCAGUUCCACCAGCAGCGGCGGCGUUGCCAGCAGUGGCAGUGGCGGUGGCGGCGUCGCCAGCAGUGGCAGCAGCGGCGGUGGCGGCGGCGCGGGAGGAGGAGGUGGUGGGGGUGGCAGCGGCGGGGGCAGCGGCAGCAGCGGAGCGGGCACCUACGUGAUCCAAGGCGGCUACAUGCUGGGCAACGCCAGCCAGUCUUACUCCCACACCACCCGUGCCUCGCCAGCCACGGUUCAGUGGCUCUUGGACAACUACGAGACGGCCGAGGGCGUGAGUCUGCCGCGCAGCACGCUCUACUGCCACUACCUGCUCCACUGCCAGGAGCAGAAACUCGAGCCGGUCAACGCCGCCUCCUUUGGCAAGCUCAUCCGCUCCGUGUUCAUGGGCCUGCGGACCCGGCGGCUGGGCACUAGGGGCAACUCCAAGUACCACUACUACGGCCUGCGCAUCAAGGCCAGCUCCCCACUGCUGCGGCUCAUGGAAGACCAACAGCACAUGGCCAUGCGCGGCCAGCCCUUCUCCCAGAAGCAGAGGCUCAAGCCCAUCCAGAAGAUGGAGGGCAUGACCAAUGGCGUGGCCGCGGGCCAGCAGCAGGCCCCGGGGCUGGCGGACAUCAGUGCGCAGGUGCAACAGUACCAGCAGUUCCUGGAUGCGUCGAGGACCCUCCCUGACUUCGCAGAGCUGGAGCUGCAGGGCAAAGCGCUCCCCGAGGGUGUGGGGCCAGGCGACGUGAAGGCCUUCCAGCUCCUGUACCGGGAGCACUGCGAGGCCAUCGUGGACGUCAUGGUGAACCUGCAGUUCACACUGGUCGAGACCCUGUGGAAGACCUUUUGGAGGUACAACCUCAGCCAGCCCAGCGAGGCGCCUCCGCUGGCCGUGCACGACGAAGCUGAGAAGCGGCUGCCCAAAGCCAGCCUGGUGCUGCUGUCCAAGUUCGAGCCCGUGCUGCAGUGGACCAAGCGCUGUGACAACGUGCUCUACCAGGGCCUGGUGGAGAUCCUCAUCCCCGACGUGCUGCGGCCCAUCCCCAGUGCCUUGACCCAAGCCAUCCGCAACUUCGCCAAGAGCCUGGAGAGCUGGCUCACCCACGCCAUGGUCAACAUCCCCGAGGAGAUGCUGCGGGUGAAGGUGGCAGCCGCCGGUGCCUUCGCGCAGACCCUGCGGCGCUACACGUCCCUCAACCACCUGGCGCAGGCGGCGCGCGCUGUGCUGCAGAACACGGCGCAGAUCAACCAGAUGCUCAGCGACCUCAACCGCGUGGACUUCGCCAACGUGCAGGAGCAGGCGUCGUGGGUAUGUCGCUGCGAGGACCGCGUGGUGCAGCGGCUGGAGCAGGACUUCAAGCUGACGCUGCAGCAGCAGAACUCCCUGGAGCAGUGGGCCGCCUGGCUGGACGGCGUGGUCACGCAGGUGCUCAGGCCGUACCAGGGCAGCGCCGGCUUCCCCAAGGCCGCCAAGCUCUUCCUCCUCAAGUGGUCCUUCUACAGCUCCAUGGUGAUCCGGGACCUGACCCUGCGCAGCGCUGCCAGCUUCGGCUCCUUCCACCUCAUCCGGCUGCUCUACGACGAAUACAUGUACUACCUGAUCGAGCACCGCGUGGCGCAGGCCAAGGGCGAGACGCCCAUCGCCGUCAUGGGCGAGUUCGCCAACCUGACCACGUCGCUGAACCCGCUGGACCCCGACAAAGACGAGGAGGAGGAGGAGGAGGAGGACAGCGAGGACGACCUGCCGCAGGACAUGGCGCUGGCAGCCGGCGGCCAGUCGCCCGCGCUGGGCCCCGAGAGCCUGCAGCCGCCGGCCAAGCUGGCGCGGACUGACGCGCGGGGGCUCUUCGUGCCCGCGCUGCCCACCAGCUAAGCCGCACCCCGGCACCGACCCUGCCGCCCCUCCGUCGCCGCGCACCCCCCACCCCAGGGCUGGGGCGGGGCCGCAGCUGCGAACUGACACAGAGUGCCUUAAGGAACCGCCGCCGUGCCCAGUGCCCUGCGCCCCAUGGGGGGCCAGCCCGGGGGGGCAGGCAGGCCCCCUCCCCUGCGGACCCCAUUAACUUAUUCUGCUCGCUGGCUUUGCACACCCUGUCCCGGGCCGGGCCCUAGCCCCUGCGGGGGCGAGUGUAGGUGGGCAUCUUGGAGACCCCCGCCAGGAGCAGCAGCAGCCGCCCCCGCACCCCCUUCCCACUGC